CUAAAAUUGUAAUUUCGAUACUACUCAACUAAAUAAUUAUAACAUCAUAAUUGAUAAGUUUAAUUAUAACUGAACAAACUAUAGAAGGUAAAAGAAAAUAUACUUUUAGUUAAUCCAAAAGAGGAAAUUUAAAUGUAGUCACAAACGUAAACUAUAACAUUUCUGAAUAUCAAAAUCAUAAUUGCAAGAGUCACCCUCCAUUUUCAUUCUAGUAUUAUUACAAUUAAAUAAUUAUUUAGAAAAUCUUAAAAUAUAAUCUAAAAUCCUAGUAUUAAUCAAAUAUGAACACCAAUAUUUUUCAAAGUUUCAUCAGCAUGUACCUGAUAAUUCAAUAGAAUUAUCACCAAUAUUUUAGAGUAUCAGAAACAUCCAUAAUUACACUUAACAAAUUUGUCUAAUCCACUUAUUAUAAAUAUUUUCUCAUUUACAAUCCAAGUAAUCAUAUACUGUUAUUUUAAAUAUUAUUAUCCCAAUACUUAUAAGUUUAUUACAUCAGAUUAUUUCAUUAUUCUAGGAAACAGCAUCUAUUUGUUCAAAUUUUGAUAAGAAUUAACUAAAAAUAUAAACACAAUUAUUUUAGUUAAACUAAUUAUAAAAUUUGUUAAAAACAGUCCAAUAAAAAGAUAAUACUAAUUUUGUACUCCUGGAAUGUUAAAUUUUUAUUGUUAGAUUAAUAAUCAUAAUUAAGCCUUAUAUAAGUUAAAUAUAGUUAUAUAUUUAAAACUAUUUUGAGGGAAUAAAUAGUGGAUUAUCUGAUGUGAAAUGUGAAGUGACUAAAGAAUUAAACAUCUAGGCAAUUUAGUCACUUUUGUAUAAGACUUCUCUCACAAUCUAAAUAUAAGUUUAACUGUUUGUCACUUUGAAAUGUUUUGGUUAUAUUUCAUUAUUUUUCAAAUAUAACCAAAAACUUUUAUUAAUUGUAAGAUAUUGGAGUUUCUAUUGUUAAUAAAUUAUUUGA